GUCCUCCUCCUCCUCCUCCUCAUCUCGUCCCUCAGCUGCUUCCCCGCGGCUGCUGACAGGAGGUUCGGUUGCCUGUUUGAGAACGAGCUGUGCUCAUCGUAUGAGAUGUGUGUCAACGAUGGGAUGUUUGGGAGGUGUCACUCUGUUCCAGUGAAGGAUUUUUACACCUAUGAUGUCUCUCCAUCUGUUGUGCAACGAUUCAGGAUUCUGCUGGAGAAGCUGUCCAGCAGAG